UCAAUUCCGUCGCUAAGCCAACUGCUAAAUCUUUCUGCAUAUCCUUCAAUUUUACAACUUGCUCACGUUCCCGUGGUCCCUCAAUGACACAAAAAGCCACUGCACCAGCAAUUGCCCAAAUGGUUUAAAUUCUGGCGAAUUGUAUCGAAGGUAGGCACGCCUGCGCUGUAUUGAUCCAAAAUUGACGGCCUCGUCUUGCCUGAACGGCAACAGCAGUGCCCAAGUACAUCUCAGUUCAAUGAAUUUACCGCGUUUAGAACAUGGAAAAUCGUCUCUUUAACAACAAUGCGUUGCUCUGGUCGAAAGUUCCUAAUCUGGUUGAGUUUAAUGUUCUUCUUUCUCCUGAUUGGUCGUCUCUUGAUCGAUCGUGGAUUCGAUUUACCGAUAUUGGUGAUCGGUACUAGCGAUAUCUUAAUACCAAAGACUUAUUCAAGUUUUCAGCAAGAUGUACAGACUGGAGCACUUGCUUUCGUAGCUGGCAUGUACAUGGCAGGUCUGCAACCUAGGAACAAAAGUUUCUGCAGAUGGUACCAUGGCCUGCCGAAUAUGCUCUCGUAUCCGGCAUCCAAAGUCACCUGGAGCCCCGAAAUCGGUGAGAAGAGCCCCUACAGAAUUCUACCGUUUGUAUUGCGCGGAACCGAGGAGAGGAACAAGCUGCCUCAGGUGACCCUCUGCACGCACGCCACUGCAGAUCAAGUCUAUGGAAUCGUGGAAUUAGCUCGGAGAUGGGAGGGUCCAUUAAGCCUGGCCGUUUUCACGCCUGGCCUCGACGCUGGUAUCGCCGUUGCUCUCCUCGAUCGGGCCUGUCGAUGCGAACCUGAAAUGUACAAGGUUUCUGUUCAUUUGGUAUUUCCGGCGAGUCGCCCACCAGCUUUAGGACAGAUUACUCGAAUUCGUGGUGACUGUGCGGCAACCGAUCUUCAAAAAGGAGAUGGAGGAACAGAAAGGAAACGAAGAAGCAUGAUUUAUCCUAUUAACGUAGCCAGAAAUGUAGCCAGAAUUCAAGCAAACACGACUCGUGUUCUAGUAACCGAUAUCGAAUUAUUACCUAGCCAAAGAUUAGCAUCCGGCUUUAUGGAAAUUGUUCGGGAAAAAACACCAAAAGGCAGAAUGGUCUUCGUGGUACCAGUAUUUGAGAUAGAAUCAAACGAAGUGCCACCAUUGACAAAAAAGGAAUUGCUCUCAGCAACGAAGGCUGGUCUAGCCGUUUAUUUUCACAGAUUUCUUUGUUCACAUUGUCAAAAGUUCCCUGGACUUAGUAGAUGGUUAAUUAGACCUGAUCCAGGUAAAGUGAAACCUCUUAUUAUUACGAAAAGGGAAUAUCCACAUCAUAGAUGGGAGCCUGUAUACAUAGGAACGCAAAAUGAUCCCUUUUAUGCUGAAGAAAUGUCUUGGGAAGGCAGACAAGAUAAAAUGAGUCAGAUGUUCGAGAUGUGUCUUUUACAUUAUCGACUAAUUAUACUUGAUGGUGCCUUUUUAGUCCAUACACCAGGUAUUAAACGAAAAACAAUAAAGGUUGACAAAGCAAAGCGAGAAUUUUUAAAGCCUCACGAAAGAAAGAACGCUCGUAUCUAUCAACGUAUAAUUAGACGUUUAUUGAAACAAUAUCCUGUUAAUCGCAAAUGCGCACAAUAAUAUUUUUCGAUAAAGGAAAUCAGUAUUCAGAGUAAUCGCUUUUACUGUAAGAAUAAAAUAAACUUUUAAAGAUACACGAAGUAACUAGAUAUGUGCUGUUUGCUUUCUAAUAUUGUUAUCUAUAUAAGUAAUGCCUUGUAUCUAUACUACCAUCCAUUAUAAAAGAAUGUUUUUAUAUUUAUAAACCAGUAGAAAUUAACUGAAAAUAUGUGCCUAUUUAAAAUACAAAACAUAAAAAGUAUCGUA